UAUCGUCUACAUGGGAAGUCGGUCACAGAACUUAUAUACCUGCAAUCAAAAUUUUUGGCAACAUUCGAUCGCAUAGGUUGCCGGGGUGAACUACUGGAGCAGGAACUACACAAUGCCUAGAAUUAUCGAGUGUGUGCCGAAUUUCUCCGAAGGGAGAAGCAAGGAGGUUAUUGAAGCCAUCGCAGCUGCUAUAGCUCAAACAGAAGGAUGCAGCGUCCUGGACGUCGACCCAGGGAUCUCCACCAACCGUACAGUCUACACCUUCGUCGGCAACCCAGUGACCGUGGUCGAGGGAGCUCUGAAUGCAGCAAGGGCAGCCUACCACCUCAUCGACAUGAGGGCCCAUAACGGUGAGCAUCCUCGUAUGGGCGCGAUGGAUGUGUGCCCCUUCAUCCCUGUCCAGGACACCACUAUGGAGGACUGUGUACAGUGUGCACGGGAGUUUGCCGAGAGACUCGCGGAGGAGCUCUCUGUACCAGUAUAUCUGUAUGGUGAGGCAGCCACAGAGGACAAGAGGAAGAAGCUGCCUGACAUAAGAUCAGGGGAGUAUGAGGGACUCAUUAAUAAGCUUCAGGACCCGGUGUGGAAGCCUGAUUUUGGUCCUGCAGAUUUUGUCCCGUCUUGGGGUGCCACUGCUGUUGGUGCCAGGAAGUUCCUCAUUGCAUACAACAUCAACCUGCUUGGUACCAAGGAGCAGGCCCACAGGAUUGCCCUCAAUGUGCGGGAACAGGGCCGGGGAAAAGAUCAGCCAGGCCGUCUGAGUGACGUCCAGGCUAUAGGUUGGUACAUGGAGGAAGCCAAUAUGGCACAGGUCUCCAUGAAUCUCACCGACUACGAGAAGACUCCUGUCCAUACCGCCUACGAGGAAUGUGCCAAAGAUGCUGAUGAGCUGAACCUGGCAGUGGUGGGCUCACAGAUAGUGGGCAUCGUCCCCCUGCAGGCGCUGCUCAUGGUGGCCGACUACUACAUGGAGAAGGAGAACUUGUUUAUACUGGAGGAGGACCAGAAGCUAAGGCUGGUUAUCAACAGACUUGGACUGAACUCUCUCGGUGCCUUCAGUCCCAAGGAGAGAAUCAUUGAGUAUAUGAUCAGGGGUGACGAGGAUGGACCACUGGUUAGCAUGGACGUGAAGGACUUUGUCAUGACAGUCGGUUCUCGGUCCCCGUCACCGGGGGGUGGGUCUGUGGCGGCUCUUUGUGCCUCUGUGGGAGCAGCCCUAGGUGCUAUGGUUGGAUUCUUGACGUAUGGGAACCGCAAGUUUGCCGACCUUGACCCUCAGAUGAGGAAAGUUAUCCCUCCUGUGUACACCGCCAUGAAGGAUCUCAUCCCCUUCAUCGAUGCUGACGCUGGCGCUUUCAGUGAAUACAUGCUGGCUGUCAAACUAUCCCAUAAGACAGAAGAAGAGUAUUGCAGUCGUGAGAUCGCCAUGCAGCGCGGCCUGCUGACUGCAGUCCAGGUGCCGCUGUGUGUUGCACGGAUCGUCAACUCUCUGUGGCCUCAUCUCACCGAGAUCGCCAAGAUCGGAAACAUCAACUGCAAGUCAGACCUACAGGUGGGUGUGCGAGCCCUAGAGACAGGUGUGUGGGGAGCCUACUAUAACGUUAAGACAAACCUGAAGGACAUCAAGGAUGAUGUGUACAGAGAAAAGACUGAGAGUGAAAUCAAUGAAGCCGUGAAGACAGCCCAGACAGGCUGUGCCGACAUUCUCAAGAUUCUAGACGAACGAGAAUAGGAACCUCAACUUAUCACAGAUAAACACCACACUUCAUGAAAUACCUCUGAGUUUCCACAAUGGCUGUAAUUCAGGCAGUAUUCCAGAUUGUUGGUGUUACAUGCAUGAAGUCAACAGUGUGGGAAGGAUUAUCAGUAUUAGUUAUGUGUGAUACGAGGAGAAUAGCAAAUAAAUGCUCUUUAGAAUCUUAGAAUGGCACUUAGAAGUGAUACACAUGAAGGGGAAAUUGAUAUGACGAACACGAUGUUGCAGAGUUUAUUCUUCCACAUUCAUUAGGUAAUUAAUGAAGGGGUAAGAAUAUACUCGAAAUGUCGCUUUACUCAAAUUACGGAAAUUGACAUUAAGUUUCCCCCAUUGAUGCUUGUUAGGUGUUAUUAUGCUUUGAUGAUUUGACUUUUAGUGUACCAUUGUUAGUUGUACAUCACCCGACUACGGUCUUGUCUGUCCCACCAGUCACUAAAUACAUGCUUCUUAAUUUCAAAAAAGCAGCGUAAAACCAAACUCACUCACUCAAAUGAGGAGGGAUCAAAUGUUAAUGUUAAGAAUUGUCUACAAAGGUAUUAUACAGCAGUACCACGCUGAUGAUGAACUAUGACGGUAAUAGCCUCCAUAAUUCUCCCAUUUCUCUAAUGUUGUCACAUAGGGAGCUGGAUACAUUGUACCCCUUGACCUCGGUUCACCGCUACUGUCAGUUGGAUAUGACAGUUAUAUCCUUUUUUCGUAGCAUUUAUGUCAUACCUGCGGAUGAUGUGUUACCAAAGAGCAAUAAUACAUCAAACAAAUAGUUUAUAGUCCAGGUGGAGAUGACGUCACAUACAACCACUUCCCUAGUCAAUGGUGUCAAGUUUUAAAUGUUUGUUAUUGUUUAAAAUGGCUGGUAAGGAUAGGAGUGAUUUCAUGAUUCAGAUGAAAUGAUUUCAUGUCAGGUUCAGGAAGUGCAAUCAGUAGAUAUCUGUCUAGUGACAUUUAUUACCUUAUAGGGAGAGCCAUGACUCAUGACCUGGCAUGUUUGUCAAACUCUCAUGACCUUUCAAAAUCAUUCUUCAUCUGUGGUUGGUCUCAAAGUAUGUUAAGCAAACAUAGUUAAUGACAAUGAAAUAAUUGUAUAUGUUAAAUUUGAAAUUGUGUCCUGCAUCUUCACCUAUAAAUAUAUCCCCCCAAAAUUCAUGAUUUCUUCCUUCUUUCAUUCAGUAUGUUUGAAAGUUUUCUGAUGCCACUUUCAGUUUUGAACUGUUUCGGGCAAACAUGAAAUAGGUAGAAUAAUAGAAAUAAGUUAAUCUUUUGACUAUUUAGGUUGUUUGAAUGUGAAAACAUUGAAUAAGAAGAUUCAAAAUAUAUGAUUUACAUAAAAUCUGGCUUGACUUGCAAAUGUUUUGGCAUAUUUUCCUUGCAUAAUUAAUAAGUGCAAAUCAAAUCGUCAGGCUAAGAGUUAUGAAUUAAGUUUUAAAAUAAAGGUCAAGUUAUUUAAAACAAAUUGUCAAAAAUUAGGUUAUAUGAAUGCAUGACAUUUGCUCAACACUGUGUAUGAUACAUAUGCAAUAGUAAUCAUUCAAUGAGGACCUUUAUUGUAUUUAGUUGCUGUAAACAUUUUGUCUUCAGAUUCAGUGUAGAUGGUUACUUCCUUAAAAAAAAAAAAAGUAAAUAUAACUGCUACUUAUAAAUGUAAACAAACUUCUAGGUCACACCAUUAUGGAUGCAUGUUUGUGAAAUUAUACCACAAGAUAACUGAUGGGGCUUUUAUGAGUAACAAGAAAUAUUUUGUUUUGAUGGAAUUAUACACUGUUUCUUACAAACUGCUUUUUAAAAACAUUUCAUGGUAUUUUUGUCAGUCUCUCAUAAAUCCACUAAUACAUAAUAAGGGCUGCUAAAGCUACUCCUUAUUGUAUGUGGGGUGGUGGGGUGGCCUAGUGGUUAAAGCGUUGGCUCGUCACGCCGAAGACCCGGGUUUGAAUCCCCACAUGGGUACAAUGUGUGAAGCCCAUUUCUGGUGUCCCCCGCCGUGAUGUUGCUGGAAUAUUGCUAAAAGCGGCGUAAAACCAAACUCAGUCAGUCAGCCUUAUUGUAUGUUGGUAGAGAGUGUCGAUUCUGUCACUGUAUCACUAGACUAUGCAUCAGUGGCUACUCAAGUGUACGUGUUACAUGCUCAGUAGCAGUCUUUACAAAUACAGUGGAAAAAUUAGAUUUAUUGAUCUUGAACCAGAAUUACAUAUAGUUUUUGUGGGUGUGAUCAUUUUUGAAUUACUGAUGCAUAUUCUAUGAUAUAUUUGGGAGUUAAUUAAACUUACGUAAACUGGCAACCCUGGAAUUGUGUAAGGUGAUACUUAAUGAGUGAUACAUGUAUAUACAUAUCUUCUUACAAUAUUUCUUCAAACAAAUUCAGAAAUAUUCUUAAAGAGAAAGGACUGUUGAAUUUGUCAACGUAUCUAAAUGAUGUGAAGUCAACUUAAUUUUACAGGGAUAGAAAUUAACCAGGAACUGCUAGCUCUAGUCUGCCAAACAGACCCUGAAAUACAUAUAUCUAGUACAGAAUGUACAAGUCUAGAAUAUGUGGCCUCUGGCCUCUUCUUUGUUAUAGUUUAUAAUUUUGAAUGAUCAGAACUGUUUUUACAGUAAAAUAUGUUCAUUUCAAAAGCUAAUGUUAGUCUGUAAGACCCAGUUGUGACAAGUUAUAGGAGCACCACCAAAAUUAAAUGUUCUAAGAGUUGUUAGGAAACACUUACCCAAAUUGGUUCCAGCUGGUGGGAUCAUGUUAAUUUCUGUCCCACGACUUGUUGCUCUCCAACUGUGAUACCAGAAUCAAAGUGUUGUACUGUCUUAUUACAAGUAGGUAAGCUUGGUGACCUUUUGUGUUUCCAUAGUAUUAGAUAGCUCUAGUAUUAGACUUUAGUCAGGGAAAAUGUGCAUCUUCAGCAUAAAUUGUGAAUGUUCACGUGAUUAAUGCUUUAAGAGUGAGCCUGUUUUCAAAGUGUUAUUUCCUGUUGCUGUUGUGUUUGAUGUGUCUUUGUGUUCUUGACAGACUGUAAUAUUUAGCUUUUAGACUGUCUUGACUUUUGUCAUAUUUGCUGAAAUAGUUCUAUCACAGCUUGGUAUUGAAACUGAAACAUGUUGUGUUGAAUAUUCUCAAUGGUUGUAGGCUGAGCAAAGUGAAUAUUUUCCUUGUGAUACAGGGAUGAGAUUUGGAAUCACUCCAGAAUAAAACAUAUGUCAUUAAUUAAUCUUCACAGUCAUUAAGUAAAACAUAAGCUCAUGAACUAUAGAGGUAUGAGGGCACACAGGAAGGGGGUGUGUCCAACUGACAAUCAGAUAUGAGCGUAUACCAGCAUCAAUAUUAGAAAGGUAUGUUUCAUGUGUUAGGGAUCCGUAUAUCAAUACGAUAGAUGGGGACAAACCUCAUGGUCACGCAAUACUUUGCCUGAAGGGAUUCUUUUUAUCAAGAAUCAAAUAAGAAAUCACAACUUAUCAGUUUUUUAUGGUUAUAUUGAAUGUUUGUAGUUUUGUUUGUGUAUGUUGAAUGUAUCUAGGGCUGGCAGGUAUAUGUCUGUGUGUGAGACCAGACAUCAGGGUCAGAUCAGUGUAUGGCUGUCAUGCCUGUGGGGAGGGAUCACUUGUCAGUGUUAGGAAAUUAUUGCUCCCUUACUGGAGAUUCAUGAAGUCUGUUAUUUCUAUCACUAUCAUGAUUAGUCUUGUAUAAUAUUUUCAGCUUGUAUCUACACCUUAUAACUGUGUCUUAAAUUUGAAAACAACUGUUUUAAUGUAUUAUCUGUGAAAUUGUGUAUUGUGGAAUUGGAGUAUCUUUAUUAAGUGUCAUUAAUACUGAAAAAAUUGUUUUUGUGCAGAUGGUGAAGUCAUUUUUUAAAUAUAUUGUGGAACUUAUGUACAUUUGAGGGUAUUUUUGUGAUGAUAUUGAGCAAAUCUUUCUUACAUGGUUGAUGGUAAUUUUCAUGGCUACUUUUAACAGAAAUGAUUAAUAUUAGAAGAUGACAUAUGCAAAUUAGAACAUGGGGUUUUAUCAUGCAUGAAUCGCUAACAUUAUAUUUAUUAUCUGUAUUCAUGUAGACUAACCACUUAACCAUGUGUACCUCAGUGAAAUCAUUCCAUUUAUCCUUGGACUACAUCCUGUGUGUUGAAGUACAUAAAACAACAUGAAUACGUAUAACGUGAACUCAAGCAAUAACAUUGGGUUUUUAAAACCUUAUGAUUACUUAAUCUGUAUGUAGUCAUCAAGCAAUAGAUCUCUUGGUCUGUAUUUGUGAAUUUCCUGUGAGAUCAUAAGGAAAUUUCAAAUCAUCCCGAAGCAAGGGAGAUAACUGACUGUUAAAGUCCUGUUUCCACUCUUGUCGAACUGGUCUAAAAGUUGGAGUUAUAUUUGGCUGGACAAUUGAGUCUAUGGAUGGCCCAGUCAAAAUUCUCAUUUAGUUUGUCAACUGCCAUGCAUAUUUUGGCCCAUUGAAGAAUUUGUAAAUCUUUUGUAACUAUAAUAGAUGUGAACAGAUAUUUUCCAAAUCUGUUCAUGUUUUCAGUGAAAGUAAGCUGAUAUACUUCAUGAAGUAAGACCAAUUUUGUUGCUCUAUGGGUCUUGAUUAUUGAACAGAUCAUCUUGAUCAGGGUCCACUAUUUCGUUUGACGCAAACCAAAGUACUGUGACUGGUAGAAUCUGAUUGGCCAAAAUGAGAGACAUACAAGGGACAUAACUCAUGACCACUGGAGGCACAGAUAGAAUCAAUCUCUGAAAUUCAAGCCUAGUUCUGCAAAGGUGGAAACUUGUUCAAUUCCCCAUCUGGUUAUAAUGUUUGAAGUCCAUCUCUGGUGUCCCCUGCCAUGGUGUUGAUGAAAUAUCCUGGAAUUCAAAGUAGCAUAAAUCUAUAUUCACUCACUCACAAACUCUGACAUUGUUAGAUCUCAUUUGUUUUUCUCUGUAUCUUCAAGGCAUUUAUUUAUGCUGAGUGAUAAAAACACUUUAUUGAUAAAGAUACAUCUUGCAAGGUGCUACUUAAGAAUAUUUAUUUUAUAAUAAACAUAGCUGUUUACACCAUAUGCACAUCUGUUUUUACGUUUAUAACUCCAUAAACACACAGAUAUGUUAAAGUCAAUUUGGACUGACUAUAAUGAAGACACCAUAUCAAAGAAAUAAUUGACGUUUUUUCUAGUCAUUUGUAAAAUAUUUUUAUGCAUAUAUGAAUCAAAGAAAUCAAGUGUAUUAUCAAAAUCUUAUUUGAAAAAUGGAUUAGAAUGUACGAUAUAAGAAUUAACUUUUAAAUGAUUGUCUAUGAUAUCUGCUUCAUUUCUUGUGAUUAUUGGUUUUACUCAUGUUUUACAGAAUGGAGAAUCAUUGUCACCUUUUAUACCAUAUUUUAAUGUAUACUUGGUCUUUGUGCUCAUUAUUUUAAAAAAAAACAUGUUUGUCAAAGGGUAUAUGAACUGAUUGAGACAGCUCCCGCAUGGUUGUAAACUACUUGCCCAUGGUGGGAAAAUUGUGGAAAAACAUCUGAUUUUGUCCCAGAUCUGGAAUUUAAGAAAGAUCUUAUAUUGUUAUACUUAAUAUUCUAAUAUUAAAGUAAGUGCAACAUUGUCAAAACUGAACAUGUUAUGUUAAACCUGACUAUGAAAAUUGAGGACAAAUAUCAGACUCUCAGAAAGCGUACAUAUGUCCUAUUACGGAUUAUGAUUAAAUUGUUAAAGAAUGUUUUUUUAGUUUACUGAUCUACUUGAUAGUCUCUUUAUACUAACUUGGCAACUGUACUUAUUCUCGUCUGAAUAUUCAAGGAUGGUGGUGUAGCCAUGUGGUUAAAGCGUUCACUUGUCAUGAUUCAGACCCAGGUUCAUUUCUUCACAUAGGUACGGUGAGUUGCAGGAAUAUUGCUAAAAGUGGUCUCAAACCAUACUCACUCUAUCACUUAAUGGUGUAUUUAUAUAAAAUACUGUGUCAAAGAACUGAAAUGUGACAGAUAAUUAUUUAAAGUGUCAGUUGUUUUGCUUAUCAAACUUCAUACACCAAAUGUUAUAUCUAUAUUGUCUCAGUAAGCGUGUGUAGCUUAUAAGUUUUUCAUUUCCAUGCUUUAAUCAUGUGCAUGCGUGUAACAUUGAUAUACUAGAGAAACACUCCCCUUUGUUGUAUAUUGUAGACAAGGCAACUUUUCCAUGUGAUUCACAUCACCCCAGGCCUUAAAAUUUGAUCUUUAUUAAUACCAUUCAGAUACUCCUGUGUCAAUUCUUUUUUCAAUAUGUUCCAAGCAGUUUUGUGUCAGCGUCAAGUUCGAGGUUUAUAUUGUAACUGCUAAAACUAUCAGCAUUUUCUUGAAAUUGGGUUUUGAUUAAGACUAGCAUGUACAAAAAUAUGUGUAAAGAUAAAAAUGGAGAAUUAAGGUUUGAGGGUCCUGGGGAUGUGAUAAACGGAAGUAAUGCCGGUUAAUUAUUUGUAUAUAGCUGCACAUGGUGCCUUCCUGUAUAACCGAUCUCACAAUUUACAUUCUCAGUUGAGUAGGUACCUGUGCCCUCUCAUAAUACUAUACUGAAGGAAAAAAAAGUUAGGAAUCAUGAAUAUUUUGGUGCAUAUUUUUAUGAAAAUUUGUGCUCGAGCUUCAUUGCGAAAAAUUUCCCAAAUAUAUUCAUGAUCCAUAACGUUUUUUCUACAGUAUGCAAUGUGUACAUCCAUGAAUAUCUGAACUGUUAUUUCAUGAAGGGUCAGAUCUUUCGAUCCUUCACAGCAUGUAUACCAUCUAUUUACUGGAAUACUACAGAAAAAGAAAUAUGUAAUAUGUAACAUUUAGAAAGGAUAGCGAGCAGAUUCGUGCUGUUAUAAAACUGAACCAUAAGAACUUUAAGGGGCAUUUGACUGGUUGUUUUACCAUCGAGAACUCAAGUUCAAAAUACACUUGGUCAAUCCAAAAAUAAUGACUUACUGUUUCUUUGAAUUUUAUUAGUUAAUUUUCUGUAAAUGUUUAUAAAUUCCAAAUCCAACAAAUAAGUACUAAUGAUUUUUUAUUUUUUGAAAUGUUUCUGUUCCUGUGCUAUCUCUGCCAAGAGACAGUAAACCGUGAACCUCUCUACGUUAACAGAGUUUCUUAAAUGAUAGGCUGUGUUUUUGGACAGAAUAGAUUUAUGAUAAGAUUUAGAAGAAAACUCCACGUUUGAAAGUUAUCUAAAAAUAGUAGGCUCAGUAGAGUGAAUGAAUGAACUGACAGAUAUGUACUACCUGAACGUUUGUUUGAAUCACACAUCAAAGGGUUUUCUCCCCUCUCAUAUCAGUAGUCACUGUCUUUAUUUGAUCACUGAAAGGUGUUGACACUGUUCACAGUAAUCAUGCUACUUCAUAAUGUCUGUCAAAUGCUGAAGCUAAUAUUCCGGGCACAAUGUUCUUUGUUGUUACUGUUUGGACCAAUGAUUGUCAGUGUACAGGGUUAUGUGAUCUGUCCAUCCAAUCAAGAGCAAGAAUCAUCUGACCAAUCAAACUGCUCAAUGAAUACUGUGAUGAUAAUAUAUUUCAGGCGACAUUUGCCCAUUGUUAUCUGAAUGAAAAUUUAUUAUUGAUUUUUUCUGAAUUUUAUAUGAUGAUGCUUUUUGUUAACAAAUAAAGUUACAUUAUAGUUGCUUUAA